AUUGGGUCGUAUUUUUGGAAGGGUGUGUGUGCGCAUCGGUCGCCUUUUAGGUCUGCUGAAGUAUUUCCAACAGCAGCGUCUGUCAGGAGGGUGCAGGGAGAGGGGGACAGGGGGCUUUUCUCUGCGGCCACCUGAAAAGCCAUGUAAGAUCUGUGGCUUGACGAGACAAAAAUACAGAAACGCUUCGAUGGUUCAAUCUACGAUUUAAGGAAGUUUUCUCAGAAGGACCUGCUGGUGAGGAGGACUCUGGAGGAUUCUGGAAAGGCUGACAGACAUUUGAAGUUGGAUGUCCCCUGAAGGAGCCCCUCACACGUCCAUCUGCACUAAGGUAACAACUAUACCUUCCAAAGAACCAGCUCUCCUGUCUGCUGGAGUCGGGGCCGCGGCGCGUCAUGAGCGGGGGUCGCUUCGAGUUUGAUGACGGCGGUGCGUACUGCGGAGGAUGGGAGGGGGGCAAGGCGCACGGCCACGGCAUCUGCACGGGGCCCAAGGGCCAGGGGGAGUACUCCGGCUCCUGGAACUACGGCUUCGAGGUGGUGGGGGUCUACACGUGGCCCAGCGGGAACACCUACGAGGGCUACUGGUCGCAGGGGAAGCGCCACGGGCUGGGAGUGGAGACCAAAGGGCACUGGAUUUACAGAGGGGAAUGGACGCACGGCUUCAAAGGGAGGUAUGGCACGCGCGUGAGCGUGGGCAGCGGCGCGAAGUACGAGGGGACGUGGAAUAACGGGCUGCAGGAUGGAUAUGGAACAGAGACCUACGCGGAUGGAGGUACUUUCCAGGGUCAGUUCACUGGUGGGAUGCGGCACGGUUACGGCGUCCGUCAGAGCGUCCCGUACGGCAUGGCGGCGGUUGUCCGUUCGCCUCUUCGCACCUCCUUGACGUCCCUCCGCAGCGAGCACAGCAACGGCACUGUCCUGCAGCAGGACAUCCCGCUCAUCACCACCACCAACGCCGCAGGUGAGGAAACACCCGUUGCCACGCCCACCCAGCUGGGACCGUCCCGCGGAGGCUUCGCCCUGACUCUCCAGGUCGACCCGGAGGCCGUGAAGCCAAAGAAGAAAGGGCUGUUCCGCCGGAGCUCCCUCCUGGGGAAGCUGAAGAAGUCCGACUCCAGCACGUCGCUGUCCAGCCAGAAGAGCAAGACCAGCUUCCUGAGGCCAGAUUCAGCUCUCAGUUCCAACGCCAGCGACACAAAUUCCACCAUCAGUGGGGACGAGAGCCUGGCCGGAGUUGAGGAUUUCCCCCCAGUGGAGUCUGACAUUGACGCCACGACCACAGAGGUCUACAUGGGAGAGUGGAAGAACGACAAGCGCUCGGGAUACGGAAUAAGCGAGAGAUCCAGCGGCCUGAAGUACGAGGGCGAGUGGCUCAACAACCAACGGCACGGCUAUGGCUGCACCACGUUUGCUGAGGGAGGAAAGGAGGAAGGCAAGUACAUGAACAACAUGCUGGUGAAGGCUAUGAAGAAGAGGAUGAUCCAGCUGAAAGGAAACAAAAUCAAGCAGAAGGUGGAGCGGGCGGUGGAAGGAGCGCAGAGGGCUGCAGCAAUCGCCAAGCAGAAGGCGGAGAUCGCCGCUUCCAGGACAACUCAUGCAAAAGCCAAGUCAGAUGGGGCUGAACAGGCCGCUCACGCCGCCAACGGGGAGUCCAGCAUCGCCAGACUGGUGGCCAAAGAGCUUUCUCCUUCCUUCUACCAGCCAGGUCCUGAAUAUCUAAAGAAGAGAGUGCUGCAGGACGCCAUUGAGGACACAGAAAAUGCUGACCCGGUCAUGCACGAGCCCCUUCUAGCUGAAGAGGAGCCCCUUCCUACACCCCCUGAAAGCCCUCUACUGAACGAACUGGACCGGCUCAUGCCGGGCUCCUCGCCGGCCCGCACCCCGUCCCCCAGCCUGGCCAUCACCAGCAAGGAGGACCCCAAACUCCUCAGUCCAAGAAGCAUCACUGAAGACAAAUCUGUGAAGCAGGGGAGCAUAAAACCCAACAGCGCACCCGCCAGCCGCCCCACCACCCCUGCGACCGCAGCUCCUCCACCUGCACUGGCUGCACCUGAAGGAGAGGGGGCCCCCAGUAGCCGCGGCCCCUCCCGUUCCCCCAGUCGUCACAGCAACAAGAACGAGCAGGGCUCUGAGCUGGAGAUUAAGCCGCUGCAGAAAUUUGACUCUGAAGCGAAAGCUCCAGACCUCCCCCCUGCCCCUGCUGCCCCCAUCGCCAACAGCCUCAGUCUGCCAGACGAAGUAGAAGUAGAAGAAGAGGAGGCACCGCCGCCGCAGCCCAGUAAGCCGUCCAAAGCCGCCACCCCUGAGCCUAAAGCCCCAGAGCCAAAGCCCGAAAGAGCCCCGUCAGUCCAGGAACGUCCUCCAUCCACCUUAGAGAAAAAAGCCCCAUCUAGGGAAGGAAGUCGGCCCUCCAGCAAGGCGGAGACCAGGCCGCUGCCAAAACGACAACCUAGCCCAGCUCCAACCCCGAAACCGCCUCUGAAUGUGGAACCUAAAACAAUUACAAAGCAGGUGGAGGCCAAAGUCAUUGCUGCUAAAUCAACCCUAAAGCCGGUGGUGUCAAAUUCAAGUUUGGAGGGAGUGGCAGAGGCGUCAGAUAUGGAGGGGCCAAACACUAUUAUGGUCUGCAUGGUAAUCCUGCUCAACAUCGGCCUGGCGAUUCUCUUCGUUCACAUUUUAUCAUGAGACAUUUUCCCUCCUGUCAGGUCUGCUGGACAGAGAUGCUGUCGCUCCUCCUCUUAUGGAGACGAGAGACGCCGUCGAUGGUUAACAGGUGCCUUCUGCAGGCUGCUGCAGGUGAAUCUUUGUGGAGCUCCUCCUUCCCAGAGAUGAAAGACGCCGAUGGACAUUAAAGAACUCAGAGCUCCUCUGUGCUUCUGGUUGUUUUUGUCAGAGCUGAUGGAGCUGGCACUGUUUUUUCAUGCAUCGUUUUUCUGAAUGGCUUUCAGCUGAAGCUGUAAUCUUCUCAUAUGGAUUGGUUCACAAUGUUUUUUUCUCCCACACAGGCCGUCUUUUAUUUUGUAAUUGCAUCUGUACAGUACAAACUGUUUCUCAUAAACUGUAGCCUUUCAGCUAAAACUGUUCACCAUUUUUCCAAAUACUUUUGUAUGCCAUUUUUCUGUUAAAUAACUGCCAAAGAUUGGUUUCAAGAUAUGUUGACAAAGUGCCAGGACAGCUGCUUUUUUACUAGAGAAAUCCUGUAAGACGAGGCGGGCUGCACAACGCUGGGAAAUGUUCUCACUGAGAUUUUCAUGCAUGAACUUGUACAACGCGCUUUUGUUACAGACGCAGGUAAAUGAAAAGGUGAAUGAGAGUUGCAGGAGGAUCACUGCUUUUGCUUGGGGCGAGUGUGUUAAUGUGGUCACGCAACAGGAGUUCAAAGCCAUGAAUCAGCGGGAAGAGAAGGUCUUAGUUCAUCAUGGACGCCUGAUCAGGCAGCAGGAGGUGAGGUGGAUGAUUGGUAUGUGAGCUGGAGACACAUUUGCUCUUUCAGUGGUUGAAGCUCUCCAUCGAGGGCAUUUUAUUUAGGGCCCAUUAAGAUAAACAUUUGUGUGCAUGUACACUUGAAUGCAUUUUUUUUAACCCAGCAGCCAAAUCUCUUAAAGUCAAUGUUUAGUGAGAUGAAGACCUGAGAUUUACUUAACUCCAUGUCUUACAUUAGUUUUGUUGGUGGCUUUGAGAAUUUAAAAUUUCCCAUGAUGUCUUUUUUUGCAAUCAAGUUACACUAGUCAGAGCAAAAUGGAGGCAGUUUGUUCAGAUUUGCUGUUAAAGUUUGAGUAAACACACCAUUGCUGGAACUAAUAAAGUUAAAGUCCCACAAAGUUGAAUGGUGUAAAUGAGUUCAGUGAAUCCUACAAGUUUCACAUCAACUUUGAAAAGUGAAGAAUUUUUCUUACUGAUGAUGGCUCAUGUAAAGACCAAAAUACCACAGCGUGUCAAUUAUAGGAACACUGAAGCAACAUUUGUCAAUAUCACCACAGAAACAUUCUUUAUUUUCCAAAUUUAAAAUGACAGACUUACAAUCUUAAUACUCUUCUCCCUCUUCAUCAUCUCCCAAACUAUCAGCUCCAACCUCCUCAUAAUCCUUCUCCAGAGCUGCCAUGUCCUCUCUGGCCUCAGAGAACUCUCCCUCCUCCAUCCCUUCACCCACA